AUGAGCAGAGACAGGACAGACUGGGUGACAGACUGGGUGACAGACUGGGUGACAGACUGGGUGACAGACUGGGUGACAGACUGGGUGACAGACUGGGUGACAGACUGGGUGACAGACUGGGUGACAGACUGGGUGACAGACUGGGUGACAGACUGGGUGACAGACUGGGUGACAGACUGGGUGACAGCAGCUGACGAUCUAAUCAAACAGAAGACUGCAUUUAUUCUGAGGCAAUAUUACAGACUACCAGAGGGGACACUGGAGCUGGCCAAAAUCAGCAAAGUGUUGAUGGCCAUGGAGCAGGGAAGAGUGACGGAAUUCAAAGGAAAGAGCCUCGACCAGAUACAAAUUGAGCCUGAAGGGAGAGCAGUAGAGAUCCUCUCACAAACGGACGGGCUAAAAGAAACUUCAAGCGGAGAACCUUCAACCAUUCAUCCAGAUGCACCCCAUGGUAGUGGCAGUGCCCCUUCUGAACGUUAG